CUCUUCCCACUUUAUGUCAUCAGAUAGUAAUAAAAAACCUAUUGUCAUCAUUCCAUAAACUUCUACCUUAAAUAUUCGUAGAUUAGAAAUUGAAUAAUUAAAUUAGAGUGAUGAUCUUGAAGCAUCAUCUGAAAAAAUCUCAGAAGAAUUAUCAGAUGACCCUUUUUUAAAUUUUGUUGCCUCAUAUUCACUCUUCACUAAUAAUUCAGAAGAUACAUAAUUAGAUCUUACUUAAGUUCUAACAUAACUCAAUGAAAAGAUUUCAAUCAUUAAACCACCUGCAAAUCAUUUAUUAGACUUUCAUUAGUAAUUAUAAAUUAAAGAAAAUCAAAUAAAUGAAUUAGCUGACACUCUUAAGUAAUUACCAGAUUCAAAACUCUUUUCUUGUAUUCAAGAUGUUGAGAAGUAAUACUAUCUUUCUCAUUAUCUAGACUCUACUAUAGACUUUCAGUUGAUUUUCAAGAAGAAUACCGCACUGCACAAAAACUUAGAAUUGUUUGAUAUAUAUUUUAUAUAUACAUAAACCGAAA